AUGUUUAGAUAAAGGAGAUAUUUUUGCCAAUCUAUUACUUUUUUUUAAAGAGAAUAAUAUCUAAGCAAAGUCAUAAAGGAUUGUGAAGAAUGUUUCAAGCGUUUAGAAUAACAUGGUAGAUCAAUUAAGGAUGAAACCAAAAAUAUGUUCAUUAGAUUUACUUAAGCUAAAGUAGAAUUCAUCAAAAUCAUACCUUUUAGUUAUUAGAACAAAAAUAAUUUUUAGAAACAGAAUCAGUCGGUGUUUUUUCUAUGCUUUUCGAUAUCUUAGAGAAUCUCAUCCAUGAUAAACCUUUAAUGACUUACAUUCUUACAACUAUUGAGGCAAUAAUAUCAGGUAAUAUGUUACAUAUAUAAUUAAAUAGAUAAUCAAAGGUUAUUUAAGUAAUUUAUGAGAGCUUUGAAUCCUUAAGUAUUACCAAAGUUAAAGUAAUUUUUAUUCUUGGAUGGAUAUGAUCCUAUGGUUUAUGAAGCUGCUGCUAAAAUUAUCACUAUGAUAAUCGCAGAGGAAGGAGGAAAUGAUGCCAAGGAAUGGGUGACUUAGUUUUUAGCAGGAAUAGGUAUUUGACUAUACUACUUUUCUAGAUAAUAAACGGAAAAUUGCAAGUUUCAUGAUCAUGCCAAUUUGUGUUCACUUCCUUAAACAUGAAGCUCUUGCUAUUUAAUUUAUUAAGAGUGGUGGCAUUAAGAUGUAAUUAUAUUUGUUCAUUUAGAAUUUCUAAUUUGUUAACCAAAAAUUCUACAGAUUUACAGAUUGCAUACUAUUCAAUUUUAGGUUUAUGGUUAUUGAGUUUUACAAAUGAAUCAAUUCAAAUAUUUAGUGAUCCAGCAAUAGGGUUGAUCAGAUUAGUAAUAGAAUCAGUUUAAAAGAUAUCUAGAGAGAAGAUUUUAAGAGUGUCAUUUGCUUGUUUUAGAAAUUUAGUAGACAAUUCUGCAUAAUGUAUAGAAUUGAUGGUGGAUAAUGGAUUGAUAAAAGUAGUAGAUUUACUUUUGAAGGGAAAUUUAAAAGAUUAAGAUUUAAUAGAUGAUAUAAAAUAUAUUGGUGAGAUAUUGGAGAAGAAUAUGAAAAUAUUAACGUAAUUAAAUAGAAUGAGUGUAGUUCUUUUGAGAAAUAUAUAAAAGAAUUGAAUGCUUAAAAUUUUUGUUGGAGUCCAGUUCAUACAGAGAAGUUUUGGAAGGAGAAUGUGAAAAAGUUUGAAGAAAAUGAUUUUUUAUUAAUUAGGUAUAAAUAAAUGUUAAAGAUGAUAGGAAAUUGUCAGAGAUUUUAAAAUCAAAUAAUAAUUAGAAUGUAGCAAUAGCUUGUUAUGAUUUGGGAGAGUUUUGUAGAUUUCAUCCAUUUGGGAAAGUGUAAAUAAAAGAUGUAAAUGUAGAGUGUUAGAAUAAUUGAAUGCAAAAUAAGAGAUAAUGAGAUAGGCUCGAAAUGAUGAUUAAUAGAUAAAAGAAUAGGCUUUAUUAUCUUUAUAAAAGAUAAUGCUUCAUAAUUGGUAGGUGUGAAAGAGAGAUUAAAUAUAAAUGUAUAUUUGUAUAUUGGGA